AUGGAUCUCUUCUCGGCGCAGCUGGUACAGCUGGUUGUCGUGACCCUCUGCUGCGACGUCGGCCAGCUGGUGAAGACCACUAUUAUAAUACCUGAUCUCAAUAGACACGAAUCUAUAUUGUGUUUCCUUGGAUAUGGAACAGACACUCGCGCAAGAACCGAGGCCGCGAACCCCUGGUGGUAUGAGGAGGCACUGUCGGGCUUGGAAACCGGCCGCACGAAGGGCAACGUCUUGAGUUUCAGAUACACGUUUGUCGAGGGCGAUGGUUAUUUCGGCGCUCCUGUCGGGGACGGAUCGUGGAACGGGAUGAUUGGCAUGUUAAAGAGACAGGAAAUAGACAUCGCGCUCGGCCCGUUCGCCAUGUCACACGAGCGACGGCAAGUGGUCGACUUCACCGUCCCUCUGCUGAUGGAAAAGAUGAAGAUCAUGGUCUUGCGGCCGGAGCCACAGCCGAACCCGUGGGGCCUCGUGGCGCCCUUCUCCUGGUACGUGUGGUUCGGCGUCGCGAGCACCUUCUUCGUCGUGGCCUUCGUGAGCUUCUGCAUCGUGCGUUGCCUGAAGAGCGGGGGUCCGGCGGAGGCAAAGGAUCACCUGUGGAGCGCUUUUGCUAUCCUGGUGACUCAAGCUCUGGCGUGGCAACCCAACGGUUUUACAUUGAGGUUUCUCUUCUGUGUAUGGAUGCUGUGCUGUAUUGUCAUCGUUAACAGUUAUAGCGGCUCCCUUACGUCGUUGCUGGCUGUUACGACUGUUUCCGCGAGCCACGAUUCCCUCCAGGACGUCGUGAAGGAUAAAGACCUGAAGCUGAUCAUGGAGGCUAAUACCGCAUUCACAACUCAUCUUAAGAUGGUCAAAGGUGGGAUCUACAAGGAACUCUCCGAAGCAGCGACAAAGCGAGGAAUAUUCGAACCAGCGGAUAGCUUAUGGUUGAAAUCCCGCCAGCUGCUCCGCGACGGCCGCCACGCACUCUUGGCCGAAGAACUCACCCUGCUGAAGUUCAUGGCGGAUGACAUGAGCCACACGGGCCGGUGUGAUUUUUAUAUGUCAAGUGGCGAGUUCUGGCCGGUGAUCGUGUCUAUGGCGGUUGUACAAGGCAGUCCUCUUCUUGAUCACAUUAAUGCUAGAGUACUUAUGCUCCGAGAGUACGGGAUCUACAACGCGUGGAUUGGAAGGGAGCUGGACAACGUGACCCAGUGCGUGACGCCUGAAUCUAGAUUGCCUCUGUUGCCAUAUACCCUCACGGACUUAUGGUUGGCGUUUCUGUUCCUUGGUGGAGGCCUGGUGGCAGCGUCUGUGGCGUUGGCGUGCGAGCUGUGGUGGCACAAGGGGCGGCAGAGGAGGCAGGCCCGGCGGGUCGUGGGUCUGAAGGCAGCUCGAAGCUCUGGCGUGGCAACCCAACGGUUUUACAUUGAGGUUUCUCUUCUGUGUAUGGAUGCUGUGCUGUAUUGUCAUCGUUAA